AUGGUGAAAGUUAGAGGAAUCGGAACAGAAGUGCAGUGUCGGGCAAUUCUCAAUUCAGGCUCACAAGUUAAUUUUGUGACUGAACGAUUGGUUAAACGUAUUGGUAUCUCAACUAAACCAUCAUCAAUCUCCAUUAGUGGCAUCGGGUCAAGGAGCACUAAGAUACAGCAUCGAGUCAAUGUGACGCUACAGUCUCGGAUCAACAACUUUACAACGUGGCUAGAGGCAGCGAUAUUGCCUCAGAUUAUAUCCCCGCAGCCGUCGCAAGAAAUCAAGAUCGACGAAUGGCAAAUUCCUGAGAACAUCAUGUUAGCCGAUCCAUCAUUCAAUCGCCCUGACAAAAUUGAUAUAUGGUUGGGGGCGGAAUCCUACAAUCAACUGAUGGCAGCAGGGCAAAUCAAACUGUCAGAUACAGUGCUGGGAUGGAUCAUCGCGGGAAAAGUUGGUGGCAACUACAUCUCAAAUGCAAUAUGUGGAAUCUGUACCAACGAUGACAUCAACUUAGAUGCAGCCAUUGCUCGAUUAUGGGAACUUGAGGAUGUUGCAACUGUAAGAAAACAACAUUCCGUAGCAGAAAAACAGUGCGAAGCUCAUUUCGCACAACAUAUACUCAUCAAUGAAAAUGGGAGAUUCAUGGUAAGGCUACCAUUUCAUGAAAAUCCGGAAUCCUAUGGGAUGGCGUAUAAUCGAUUCCUGGCCUUAGAACGUCGACUGGCAAAAUCGCUCCAGACAAAGAAUCAAUAUGUACAAUUUAUGGAGGAAUAUGAGAACUUGGGGCACAUGACGCAAGUGGAUAUUGAUUCCAUCAGUAAACCUAGGUACUUCAUUCCUCACCAUUGCAUUGUGAGACCCGAAAACCGCAAUACAAAAUUACGUGUGGUGUUCGACGCAUCAGCAAAAUCGUCCACUGGCAUGUCUUUGAACGACCUCAUGUAUACCGGACCCACUGUUCAGAGCGAGCUUUUCACCAUUUUACUUCGCUUCCGUUUGCCCAGGUUCGUCUUCACCACAGAUGUAGAAAAAAUGUAUCGACAGAUGCUCAUUCAACCGGACGAACGCAAUUUCCAACUUAUCAUCUGGCGAAAGGAUUCAAGCCUACCAAUAAAGCAUUAUCAGCUAAAUACAAUCACAUAUGGGACAAGAUCUGCUCCAUAUUUAGCCACCAAAUGUUUGCAGAAAAUUGCAAAAGAAAAUACUUAA